AUGUUAGUGUAUUCGGUUGUUUCUGCAAUGCUUAAGCUAAUAUUUUAUCAAUUUCAGUAAAUCAUACUAUAUUGUUUUUAUAAUUACAAUUAAUUUUAGGAUAAACUAUUUUAAAAUAACUAAUAUUAUGACAUUUUAGUUGAAGCUCCCAUUAAUUAAGAAACGAACAGAAUUAGAAUAAACAAUUACAGAUAUUAAAUAAGCAUCAAAUACAAGUCAAGAUACUGUAAGCAUUUAAGAAGCAAUAAGAAAUUAAAAUCAUAGGAAAAGCAUCAGCCUUUAUGGUAUAUUAAUAAAUAAAAAUAAGAAAUUUAAAAUUAAGGAUCAAGUCGCACAACCGAUAGGACUAAGACAAUUGAAAAUUCAUUAGUUGGGGAAGCUUCAAUGAAACCGGAGAAACUAAAUUACGUCAUGAAGGAAUAAUAGAAAUUUUAGCCUUAGAUUGAUAUGAGAAAAGGUUUUGCAGGGAGAUAUGAUAAAAAGGGUGAAUGGGAGCAUUAUUUACCGCCAUUACCAAGUGUUCAAGAGAGAGAGAAUAAACAAUUAAAACAACUAGUCAAAUUCACUAAAAAAUUUGUUGAUAAAGUACCUAAGCUUAAAUUGAGGCAAAGAUUAAAAUCUUGUUUUAUAGCAAUCAAAGCUUUAGUUAGAUGGGCAAAAUUAGUGAAGUAUUUCAUCCUCAUAUUUUCAAGAUCUCUAAUUUAGAAAAAGAGAUUGAAUACUUUUUUUUACAGUAAUUGCUUGAAGGAAGUAAUUUAUAACGAUUAAAUCAAAGCAAUCAAAUUUAAACAAUGGACUUAAAUGGCUUUUUCAAAAGUAUUUAAUUAGAUUAAAAAGGAGAGAUUAGAAUAAUAUUACAAUUUGAAUAUUAUAGUAAUAAUAUAAUAUAUUAAUUAGGAUGGCCCUUGCAAAUAGUUAAGCCCACAAGAGAAUGAUAUUUGUGUACUUAAAUUACGCUAUUUAAUUUAAUUGAUGUUAGAAGGCUUUUUGGUAAUGACAAAUAAGCCAAAUUUAUUAAAGGAAUUGGUAGGCGAAAUGUACAUAUCCUAAUUUGAAGAUUAAAGGAACUGUUUUUAUUUAUUUACUAGUUUAAGGACUAUGUAUUUAUAAAAUAAAAGAGAUGA